AUGACGUCAAUGUAUCUUUUUAUCUUUCACUUAAAUACAGUAAAAGAAGCCAUGAAUCCUAUCCAGUUUAAUAGAUGGGGUCUUCCUGAAGUGGAUCCAGAGACCAUGCAAACCAGUGAACUGUGGGUUUUUGCCGGUGGUGACAUUGGAGGUUUAGCUAACACUACAGUGGAAGCAGUGAACGAUGGAAAACAAGCUUCCUGGUAUAUGCACAGAUACAUACAGUCUUUAUACGGUGCUGCAGUUUCUACUACUCCAGAAUUACCUCUCUUCUAUACUCCUAUUGAUUUGGUAGACAUCAGUGUAGAAGUGGCUGGACUGAAGUUUCCAAAUCCCUUUGGUCUUGCCAGUGCAACUCCAACUACUAGUUCCUCAAUGAUUCGAAGAGCAUUUGAAGCAGGAUGGGGAUUUGCUCUGACCAAAACAUUCUCCCUCGAUAAGGACAUUGUAACUAAUGUUUCUCCAAGAAUUAUACGUGGAAUUACAUCAGGCCCCAUAUAUGGCCCAGGUCAAGGCUCUUUCCUAAAUAUUGAGCUUAUCAGUGAGAAAACUGCAGAAUAUUGGUGUAAAAGUGUCACUGAACUGAAGGCUGACUUUCCCAACCGAAUUGUAAUUGCCAGUAUCAUGUGCAGCUACAACAAGGAUGACUGGACUGAACUUUCAAAAAUGGCUGAGGCUUCCGGUGCAGAUGCCCUGGAGUUAAAUUUAUCAUGUCCUCAUGGCAUGGGGGAGAGAGGCAUGGGCCUGGCCUGUGGGCAGAAUCCAGAGCUAGUCCGAAACAUCUGUCGCUGGGUUAGACAAGCUGUUCAGAUUCCUUUCUUUGCAAAGCUGACCCCAAAUGUCACUGAUAUUGUGAAUAUUGCAGUGGCUGCCCAGGAAGGUGGUGCAGAUGGUGUUACAGCCAUGAACACUGUGUCAGGACUGAUGGGGCUAAACGCAGACUGCACACCUUGGCCUGCAGUUGGUGGAGAAAAGAAGACCACGUAUGGUGGCGUGUCUGGAAGUGCUAUUAGGCCCAUAGCCCUGCGAGCAGUAUCUGCUAUAGCUCAUGCUCUUCCAGGAUUUCCCAUCUUAGCAACUGGAGGAAUUGAUUCAGCUGAGAGUGGGCUGCAGUUUCUCCACAGUGGUGCUUCUGUUCUACAGGUGUGCAGUGCAGUACAGAAUCAAGAUUUCACUGUGAUUGAGGACUACUGCACAGGACUGAGAGCCCUACUUUAUCUGAAAAGCAUUGAGGAGCUUCAAGACUGGGAUGGACAGAGUCCUGCAACCAUGUGCCAUCAGAAAGGAAAACCAGUACCCAAAAUUGCUGAUCUGAUUGGAAAGAAACUGCCUAGUUUUGGACCUUACCUUGAGCAGCGCAAAAAGAUAAUAGCCGAGAACAAGAUUAAACUGAAGCAGCAAACCACAACUGUUGUACUGCCUGAGAAAAAACAUUUUAUUCCCAAGAAGCCCAUUCCAGCAGUCAAGGAUGUAAUUGGAAAAGCACUGCAGUACAUUGGAACAUAUGGUGAUCUUAGCAACACAGAGCAAGUUGUGGCUCUGAUUGACAAGGAAAUGUGCAUCAACUGUGGCAAAUGCUACAUGACCUGUAAUGAUUCUGGCUACCAGGCUAUACAGUUUGAUCCAGAAACCCACCUGCCCACUGUUACUGACAGUUGUACAGGAUGCAAUCUCUGUCUCAGUGUCUGCCCUAUUAUUGACUGCAUCAGAAUGGUUUCCAGGACAACACCUUAUGAACCAAAGAGAGGCCUGCCCUUAGCUGUGAACCCAAUGUGUUGAGGUGAUCAGUCCAGCAGUUAAUGUGAACUUUACAUUUCCAUGAUGCGGUAAAUUUGCUUUCCAAUUAGUACUUGAAAUUUUAACUGUAUUAAAAUACGUAAUGAUGAUAGCCGUUAUAAUUAUGGCUAUUUUCUCCAGUGAUUAUUUUAAGGCAGACUAUUUUCUUAGAUUUCAGAGCAGCAACAAUUAGUCAGUUAUUAGCUGUCAGUUGUCCGUUAUGUAAAGCACAACUUUUUCUUUUGCAAAUUUCUGUAUUUGAUGUUUAAUCUUUAGAGUUUCUAGUUUUAAACAUAAUUAAGUGAGCAUUUUUAACUGACUACAAUUCAACAUACAAGGAAACGGUUUCCAAGGAGACAUUUUGUAAUUAAACAUUACAUUUAAUUUCUAAAAAGUUUCUUUGAAAUUGUAAUUAGCUACAUACUAUGCAAACAAAGCAAUGCGGGGUGCUAUUUGUCUAUGAAAAGAAGUGAAAGGAGCUUUAAAAUAGCAUUUCCAAUCUGGAUUAAUCUCUUUCAACUGCUACAGUGUACAAUAUAGUAUUUUCUUAAUGCUUCCUCAAUUCAACCUUACAUUAGACUCUUUUAAAAAUACAUUUGCUAACCACUGACCUAUAUUGCACUCUUCACAUUUGUGACUUGAAUUGGUGUCUAGAUUUAGAUUUCCUCUAUUGAACAAUCACAGCACACUUCUUAAAAUGCUUUAAACUGUGUUAUUACAAAAUCCAGGUGUUACGUCAGGUUUUGAUUAUUAGCACCUUUUCUUUCUGCAUAGACAUAUUCUAAAUAAGUAACUUUUUAAUUAUGCCAAUUAAUGCUUCAGCAACUAUAGUUUCAUUACGUGAGAAUGGAAUAUGUUACCUCUCGGUGUCUCUCUAUGGCUAUGUCUACACUAUGAGUUAGGGGUGUGAUUUCCAGCUCAAGUAAACACAUUUGUGCUAGUUCCCAUCAAGCUAGCAUGAGCUGUGCCUCCACUGUCUGUGCUACGGUGGCUACACAGCUAUUUAUACUCACGUUAGCAUGAGUACAUGUAUGUGAGCUGGGAAUCACACCCCUAGCUCAUAGUGUAGACGUAGCUUCUAUGGUACAUGUACUGGGUUAGUCUCUCUCCUUCCCCCUCCUCCCUCCAUUCCGAGUGGUUAUGUUUGGCUACAGUCAUGUUACAGCCCAAACAAAAUAUAGAUUUGCCAGGAUUGCUAAAGAGCCUUAGCUAUUUUUCAUUCUCACUAGGAGCUGUCUCAUACAAAUGUAUUGCUAUUUUCUUUACCCAUAUCUGAAUAUAAAGCCAUUUGUUCAUAAUAAUAAUGUAUCUGUUCAGUUAAUUAUGUGAUCAGGAAAAUUCAUAACCUUUGAUUAUACACAUUUCAGAAUUUUCUGUUCUUCUGUUUACAUAUGUAUGCCUAAUUAUAAAUAAAUAGCAUUAAUCAA